GCCAAAAGUUCAGGAGAAUUAGUGAGUAAGAAUGUCAUCGUUGGUUCACCUACAUUUACUGCUUAUGAAAGAAUUCAUUGUUAUUUGGCGAAGUAAGAUAUGGAGCAUUAUUGAAAUAGCUAUUCCGCUGGUCAUCUCCGUGCCGCUCAUCACCCUCGUCCUGCAGAAUUCGUCACUUGUCAAACAUGAAGCACAAUUCUGGGAAUCAUUUCAAGUGACUGGAGAUUGGAGAGAUAUAGAUCGACGUCUGAGUAAUAUGCAGUCAAUUUAUAGUUAUUGUGGUAUGCUUAGUCGGAGAAGUUUAGGACUUGUAUUCCCUAACAAUAUUGAUAAGAAAGAGAUUCUGUGGGCAGCUCGCGAGAUAGAAUUUCGUUAUUUGAUGAAUGACUCGGCUUCACAUUCACACAUCUACGAGUUGAAUGUGAAAAUAUUUCCAACCGAGGCAUCGAUGAUGAAAGCGUUGUUGGAGGAUUACCAUCGUUCUUCAAUAUGUACUGAAUAUAUUGCUGGUAUUAUAUUCGAUGAAUAUAAUAGUAGUGCAUCGCGCCUUUCUUAUACCAUACGAAUACGUCAGACAGAAGAUCCACAAACACGAUGGUAUAUUGGUGAUGAUAUCUGGGAGAAUGGAGGACCAUAUAAAAUUUCAGACGACCAGUUUUUAGUGAAUAUGAUGCCCAAUUACUGGUCUCUUGGUGUCUUGUCACUACAAUAUGCAAUAGAUACUGUAUUUCUUAAGGGAAUUGAUGGUGAAAAAAACAAUGAUAGCAAUUUUCAACUCAGUUUAGAACGUAUACCUGAGCCGCCAUAUUUUGAAAAAUCGAUCGCCGAAUUCCUUUCCUUUCUGAUAAUUUUCUGGCAGUUGUUUACUUUGCCAUGUGUUCUCCACACCGUUGCAAACAUUACUUCUGAAAAACACAGUGGUAUGAAGGCAUUUUUAACGGUGAUGGGCAUGCAGUCAUCGUCGUUUUAUAUUGCACACGCGCUAAUUGGUUUCAUCAAAACUAUGGUAGUCUUGUUGUCAUGCACAGUUAUGUUACUGCCACAGAUUCAGACAGUAUCUCCGUGGUUAUUUUUUUCCACUAACUUUAUAUAUGGUGCUGGUGCUGUUUGUUUCGCUCUUUUGAUGUCCUGCAUUUUCCACAGUCCUGAUGCCGCGACGAAAGGAACUGCUGUCAUUUGGCUUGCAACUAUUGGCUUGACAAGAUUAAAGGCGACAGAAGGAUCAGUUCUUCUAAACACUAUACUUUCACUGAAUUUAAAUUAUGCUUUCAUUUGUGCUCACCAUGCUGUACAGGAUUAUAUGAAUCGAGGUGACUGCUUAUCUUUGGUCUUCUACAAAAUAUAA